ACAGCACGCGCACAGAUACACAGAUAAACAAAAAAAGGCCACUUGCUCACCAGCCCAAAAGGUCGGUUAUCUAUCUGUAGGGCCCCUCGUGUCUCCUUGCCUCCCACAGCCCCCUCCCUCCCUGAUGCUCAUACAUGUCACCCGGCGGCAUCUGCUCACUCUCCGCCUGCUGCUGCUGGUGCUGGUCCAGCCUGCUCCUGCCGCGUGUGUGCUGCAUCGACAUGGGGGCGGACAGCGGGCCCUCGGGAUGGCUGCCGCCUGGCGGGGGCGUGUGUGUGCCUGGCGGCCUCUGUGACACGAGUGACCUGUAGACGUCAGCAUUGCGCCGUCGCUCACUCUCCAACUCAGCACGGGUGGCCGCCAGCUGCCCACAUCCAUGUGUCAAUCAGAUGGAGGGCGUGUGUGUGGUGAGUGAAUGAGUGAACCACUUUAUGAGGUAUAUGAGGGCUUACGAUUUUCUCGAGCUGUUCUCUCUCCCCUCGUGCGGCGAGGUACUGGUCCUGUGCGGUGCGGGCCUUCAUACGCUCCUCGGCUACGUUGGUGUUCAAACGAGACUGCAUCCAGUGAAGACGUGCAUCGCAUCCAUCGAAUGACACAGACCAGAGAGACCAUCGUUGCGUCUUUCUCUGUCUUGCGUUAGUUACGAUGGUUGUGUUGAGGGUGCCGAUCAUCUCCACUUUGGCCUUGACGUCCUGCCUGGCCGUCUGCGCACACAGCCCACACAGCCCACACACGAAGCAGUGUGAUGUGAAUUGAAUGCCUGGCUGGGCUGGGUGUGUGUUGUGUACAGUAAGUACAUCGAGGUGUUGUUUGGUUGCGUCUAGGUCUUUGUUGGUUUGGCUGUAGGCCUCUCGCAGGCUGUUGUGGAAGGUGACGAGCUGGUGGUGCUCCUGCACCAACUUCUCGCCCCCCUCCUGCAGACUCUUGACCACCUCACGGUACUGCUGUAGCUCAUGCUCAACACUGACACACAUACAGGGCAGAGACAGACAACGGGUGUGGUGUCUCUCUGCAGCAUGGGUGCCUUCCUUCAUUCCGUGUCGCGACUGAUUUACCGUGCCUUUUCCGCCUGGAGGUCCUGGUCCCGUUGUGACGCGCUGGCCCCGCCAAACUGCAACCAUCAAUCCAGUGACGUGACAACCAUUGAUAUACACCUGAUUGGAUUGAUGUGGAUGAAUCUGCACGCACCUCGUGCUCGGCCUCGAGCGUGGCCUUCUCGUCCGCCAGACGCUGCACACACCACGCACCGCACAUUCAUCAAAAGAGUGCGUUUGGCAUCAGAGCGGUCGGAAACGUCACCUUGAUUUGUUGCUCCAUGUCCUGUAUACGUCUGUCCUUCUCCUCAAGUGCGGCCUGUGUGUCGUCGGCACUGUCCUGCAACUCCGCCAACUGGUUCUGCAGCUGAGUCACGCGGCGCUGAUACUCCAACUCCUCAUCCUAACACACAUAGAGGGCCGCUGUGCUGGUUGCACACAGGUAUGUUUCCGUCAGUCCGCCCCCGGCCACUGACUGACCUGGACUGUCUGCAGUUCCUGCAGCUUCUCGGUGAGUCUGGUCUGGAGACUCUCCUCGCGGGCCUGGCUCUCCUGCAGGAGGGCAGUCGUCUGACUCACAGCCUGCAGGACACACACAGAUUGGGCGAUGCGUGGGGAAGAGACGUGGAGGAUAGUUACUCACUCACCACUUUGCUUUUUGAGAGUUCGUCCUGUAUGGCCUCCACGUUGCUGAAACGGUCCAGCUGCUUCCGCAGCUGACGUACGGAUAGAUAGGAUGAAUAGACAGAUGGAUGGAUGGAUGGAUGAGACAUCCACCAAUGUGUGUCUCAUCUGCCCCCCGUUGUGAUGUGAUUGUGUCAGCGCACCCGUGCGGUUUCGCUCUCGAGGGUGACGCACCGCUCCUGCACCUCCUUGAGCUCAAACCGAAGACCAGAGUUCUGACGCAUGUGCGACAGCCAGAGACGCAUACACAGGGUGUCUGUCUCUGUGGCUUGCACUCGUGUAAUCGCAUUAUAUAUACCUGCUGGAAGAGCUUAUCUCUGUCCUUUUCGAGAUGCUGCAUCUGUGACGACACGCGGUGAUACUCAUCGGCAGAAUACAUCUGAUGGAGAACCAAACAGCAACACAACACACAUACGCCUGCUCUCUCCACCUCACCUCACCUCACCUCACCUCUGGCGCAGGUGAUGGCUGCUCCUCCUCAGCUCCGGUCGGCUCGCCUCGACUGUCGGCUGCGUGUGCUUCCGGCAGCGGGGGCAUGGGGCCUGUGAGUUUGCCCUUCCGGAUAAGCUCCUGCAUCGUCCGCACCGUCACGUUGCUCGAGUCCAGGGUGCCACGUGGCUGCUGCUGCUGCUGCAGCUCGCUGUCAGACGGCUCCUCGACAGCUGCGUCGGUGGAUGUGGUGCGGCGCUGCUGGCCCUCCUGGCGGCGCGACUCCUUCUCGCGCAGCUGCUGGAUCAUCUUCUGCAGACAAUGAAUGGGUGGAGGGCAUGAGGGCAAUAGAGGGCAAGAGAGCUGUCGUGCGUGGGCAGAUGACUGGCUGACCUGUGCGUGAGCCUCCCGGACUUGAAGUGUCUGCAGGUCGGUCUCGAGUCUGAACUUGUCGCCCUUGAGCUUCUCAACUUGCACCUGCAACAAUACAACAAACACACCGCAGCAUGCAUGGAUUGAGCCACACCCAGCUCUGUAUAAGUGUGUGUGGUGUGGUUUAGGGGUCGGCAGGUUACAUCUUUGUCUUUGAGGUCUUUGAGUUUGUUUCUGAGUGUCUCCUCUCGGUAUGCUGUGCUCUCGAGGUCACUCUCCAGACGACGCUUGUCAGACCGAAGCUGACACACUCACAGCCGCAAGUGGAUGAAUGGACAGAUUCGAAUGCAUGGCUGCCUGCCACCCAACGACUUACCGUGUCCACUUCUGCCCGCAGUUUCUUCAGCUCCUCUUCAGAUCUGACGACAGCAGGCAGAAUGGAUGAUGGAUGCACCAGCGGAUGCCUUGUGCCGUCGGCAUGUGCGUACUUGGCCUUGAGGGUGUCGUAUUCGAUGGUCUUGCGGAGGUUGUCGCUCUUGGCUGCCUCCAACUCCACCGCACUGUUGCGCAGCUCAGACAACUCCUCCUGGUGGUACUGCACACACACACACACACACAAGAAGACAUCCAUGAUGCGUGCUGGAUGCAGGCCGCCACACGCACACACCCGGAGGUCGCUCUCGGCCUGCGUGAGGUCGAUCCUGAGCGGGAGACACGCAGAGCAGACCGAGAAACGAAACGAGUGAAAGAGAGACCGACCUAUACAGGUAUGUUUGCACCUGAGGCGCUGGUUUUCGUUGCGCAGCUGGUCCAUCUCAGCAGCCUGAGUGAGUGGGGACGCUUGGUGACUUCAAAGCCCCUACACUCGUAUCUACCAUCAGUGUCUCUCUCUGUACCUUCUGUCCGUCCCAAGCGGCUGUUUCGACCUCGAGCUCCAGCUGCGCGGCCCUCUGACGCAAACGCCGGUUGUCAUCCUCCAACUCGUGACGCGCAUGAGACUAUCACACACACGCACACACACACACCCGAGUCAUCCAUGCGACCAUUGAUGUGCUGUGUGGUUGACCUCUUGUGCUUUGGCGUUGUCUCUUUCCUCCUCCAUCUGUUUCCUGAGGGCCUCGAGUUGAUAUUGCAUCCGGGCCCGCUCGGCCCUCUCGCUCUCCAACUCCUUCUGCAGACCCUCAGUCAUCUGAAUACAUACAUCAAUGAGUAAAUGAAUGCUCAUCGGGGAAAUGAAUCAAUCGUUUCUGUCGUAUGUUGCAUGGUGGUGUGACCUGUAGCAUCUGUUCCUUCUUCUGAGCCUCCUCAGCCACACGCCGGGCCGCCUCAGCCUCCUGUGUGGGGCAAAUGGGAGGCAAAGUGAGAUGUGGCCAUAGGUGAUUGACCGCACUCAUUGCAUUGACUGACCUCCUGCCGGAUGCGAUCCUCCUCCUGUUUCUUCCGGGCCUCCUCAGCACGCAGACGCAACUCCUCAUUCUGAAUGAUGGGAACCAUCCUCCAUCCAUCCGUGCAGGUGGUUGAGAUUCACCCCGCCCCAACCUCUUUUUGUGUGAUCUGGUGCUGCCGUCUCCGUUCGUCCUCCUGCCGCUUCCGCUCGAUGUUCUCCCGGGCCCGCUUGCCCUUCAGACGGCCGAUCUCCUUGCGGGUGAGGUGGCCACGCACGAUCGACUGGCACUUGACAGCACUCGAGUGGAGCAACUGCAGCAGACAAAAAGGCAGACCGACAAGAGGCUUGUGCACCGGAGGGGGUUGUUUGGGAUGUACCUUGAACCUGGCCCGUGCGGCGACGCUUCGAAAGACGCUCUGUAUCUGGAUGAUGGCCUUCUCGCGCUUGCACUGCUGCACAAACUGCUGUCUGCACACGCAAGAUCCACCAUGUCACGGCCACCUGGUGUGAUUGUGAGUGCGUACCUUGCGAUGACUGCGCGGAAUGCUGCCUGAAUGCGUUUGAGGCCGUCGAGUUUGCGUCGGUAUGCCAGGCGGGCGGCGAAGCGGCGGUAGUUCUUCUGGAUCGUGAGGACGUACUUGCGCGUGGCCGCCGACAGGGCCCGCUCCAACGCACUCUGCAACUCCUCCUUCAUGAAGAUCUGCCAGCACGUGCCCAACAAGAAUGUAUUGGGUGCGUGUCCUAUUGCCUCAUGUGUGCCGUUCGUUGUGUGAGAUGUCUGACUGACCGACCUUGGUUUGGCCCACUUGCCAGCAGAGGGGUGGGAGGUGGUAUCCGGCCUGGUUGAGCUGCGCCUCGAUGCUGGGGAGCAUUUGGCGACAGCAGGCAGUGAAGUCGACGUUGUCGCGAGGGUUGUCGAUCAUGCCGGGGUCCAGUAUCCUGAUUGAUGAUGCAUGGAUGGAGGCAAUGCAAUGCACAGAGAGGCGUUUGUGGCUUGUGUUGUGUUGUGUUGUGUGACGGCUUACUUGAAUCGUUGGUAGAACUCUUUGAAGUUGCGCCUGACUGGGUAGCCCGCCCGCCGAAUGCGAAUCGCCUCCAACAUGCCCGCGCAGUUCAACUGCCUGUAGACACAACGGACGUACACAACGCAUACAUACCCGAAAAUGGCCAUUGUUGUGGUGUGUGUGUCGUGUGACCUCCCGACCUGAGUGCGUCCUUCGAGUCGAAUUGGUGUAUGGCCUUCUCGCUGUUGGGUUUGAUGCACCGCACGAAGGACGGAUUGGUGUGCUUCAAGAUGUCAACCAAACCCUGCAGCUGACGCCUGCACACACACACCGAGACACGCGCACAUCCAUUCGCGUGUCAUGGCCUCCUGCUUCCCAUUCCUCUGCACAUGACCUACCUGAAGUUUUCGCCGACCGACAUGGAUCUCCCCCCUCCGGCGGCUUGCUCCUGUCUGGUUGGCGCCGCGCCCUUCUUGGGGGCACCACGAGCAGGCACACGGAUGAUGGGCUCCUUGACCGUGAACAGCUGGCCACAAACCACACCCACAGAGUACAGAUAGAUACACAUGGGAUGUGGUGUGUUGGGGGGAUGUGGUACUGGCUGACUGACCUCUGCGAUGAGGGGUACGUUGGACGUGGCCAGCAGUGCGAUGAUGUCCUUGUCCAGCGGGUCCUUGUUUUUGUCUGUGAAACCGUCGACGGUGUACUCGACUCGGGCGGCGUAGUGGUUGACACGGAACUCGAGAGUCUUGCGCGGAUCGGACUGGAUGGACAAAUCAAUGCAAUGCACCAACCACAACAGCACAGCACAGCACAAGCCAUGAGACAAGGGCGGGGGUCAUUCAUUGACCCAGGUACCUACUUACCUUAUGGAUGACUGUGGGGUAUUCGUUGGCCGUAUUUUGGUGUAUCUUGUUGAUGAGCGUGCGGUCGCUGCCCUGCGGCAUCAGACACUCCGAGUCCAGAAGAGGGAACACACCCAUCGGCCUGCAUUGCAUUGCAUGAUGCACACACAGCCACUCACUCACUCAUGCGCAUAUGUGUGUAUCCAUCCUCCUUUCUUCCUUGUGUACCUUACUUACCUGCCCUCGAGUGCGUCUAUGAUGGGUUGGUUGUCCCGCCAGUCGAUGUGCUUCCAAUCCACACCCUCCGAAGUGUACUCCUCCUGAUAGACGGACGACACACAGAUGAGAUGCCUCUUGGGCGGUGUGGUGUGGUAUGGUUGAGUGGGCAUGUGAGUGAGUGAGUGAGUGGGUGACCUACCUGUUCAGAUCUGAAGAGGUGUUGGUUGAAGUGCUGCUGGAGUUUCUCGUUUGCGAAGUUGAUGCACAGCUGCUCGAAGGAGUUGACGUCAAACACCUCAAACCCGUAGAUGUCCAACAAACCGAUCUUCAACGCACCGUCGUCACGGAAACCCCUACACACACACACACACACACACGUCCAUCUCCCUCUCUCUCCCUCUCUCUCCCCCCCUCUGUGUCUGUGUCUGUGUGUGCCUGGAGAUGGCCGUGUUGAUGCGUUUGACGAGCCAAUCGAACAGCCGCGAGUAGAGGGCCUUGACGAGCGAGUCCCGCGCAUACUGCGCAUCCUCAACCGUCCGAGCCAUCAGUAUGUCCUGCGGGCAGGCAGACCGACAGACAGACAACAUACGGACGGCCGUGAAGGGAAGAGGUGGUUCUUCACCCACCCACCUGUUUGGUCAUGGGGUCCUUGAUGGUCUUGGAGCGAAAGACACUGGCGAUCGACUGCGCAUCUGCAGACAUAUGUACACACAUAUACGGACGCACGCAUGCCUCUGUGUGUCUGUGUGUGUCUGUGUGUGUGUGUGGGGGGGCCUACCUAGUUGCAAGAGGCUCGCCGCCUUCUGGAGUACGUCAGUGUUGGUGACGUGUGCUCCCUCAGGCUGCGAGCUGCCGCCAGACUCAAACUCAACGUUACCCAUGUGCAAUAUACCUAUAACACACACACAUCUCUCUCUCUCUCUCUCUCGCUCCUCUGUCUAUGUGUGCUGAGUGACCGGCUACUGUCCUGAGUGCGUUGUAUUUCUCGUCGGCAGUGAAGCUCAGCCCCUCCAUGCACUCCACCGUCUCGACAAACUCCAACACGUCAUCCUUGCCUGCAACACACACACACACACACACACACACAGACAGACUGUAGGAUGCUGUCUCUCUCUCUCUGAGUCUCCCCUCCCAUAGACACAUACUUACCGGCCACAUCGGUGCAGGUGGCUGUGUAAGCGAAGUGCUGCGGCCCCCCGACGGCCACGUGCGAUGCGAACUGCGGCCAGUCGAUUUGACACGCCGCCUGCAGCCGCUCGGCCAGGUCGGGGUAGGAGGGGUCGGUUGUGGCGAUGGCGUCGAGCGUCUUGCACAGCUGGUAGAAUAUGUGGUAGUUGCGCUCGCUCUCCUGCUGCGUCACUAUACUGACACACAGACACACACAGAGAGACAGAGAGAGGGAGGGAGGGGAGAGGUGUCAUGGGUGUGGUGUGCUAUGGUCGACUGACCGUGAUUUUUCGAGGAGGUAGUUGGAAAUGCGCGCCGAGGUGAGUUUGCCGCCGUUGUCGAACUGUAUCUCGAUGAACUUGCCGAACCGGCUGCUAUUGUCGUUGCGGAGCGUCUUGGCGUUGCCAAACGCCUCCAGCACCGGAUUAGAUUGCAGCACCUGCAGGCACAACCAACAGCCAACCGCCACACACAGAGGAGAGAAGACACCCAUACCCACCCAUACCCAUCCAUCCAUCCACCCAUCCAUCCAUCGACCCCUCGACCCACUUGCCUGUUGUUCGACGCUGUGUCCGUGUGGCAUUCCCUCGAGUAUGGCCGCGUCGCACUCAUGGUCCAGGUCGCGCUGGAUGUUGGCCAGAUACCGCAGGAUGAUCUUGGUGGCCUCCGUCUUGCCCGCCCCGCUCUCCCCGGAGAUGAUGAUGCUCUGCGCCUUGCGAUCGCGAAGCAACGUCUGGUAGGCCUGCUGCGCCAUCGAGUACAGGUGCGGGGGGAGGGAGGAGCCCGACAGGCUGCUACUGCUGGUGCUGCUGCCGGCGCCGCUGUUGUUGGCAUUGCCGGCCGCUUUGCGAUAUUUUUUGAUGGCUUUCGAGUCGUAGAGUCCGGGGAGGUUUUGGUAUGGGUUGACGGAAAUGAGUAUGGGCAUGCCGAUGGCGGUGUAGAUCAUGUCCUUGCCGUAGCGGACCCGGAUGUUGUGCAGCAGGGCACCCUCGGUGAAGUCACCCAGGGAGAGCAGAUCCUCCACGCCGGACAGACAGGAACGGUGCACCUGCACACACAACACCCAAACACACAACACACACACAGACACAGACACAGACGCAGAAAGAACCCCAGAAUGAGAGAUCAGCAUGCAUUAGCCAUCCAUCCAUAUGGGCGUGGUGCUGGCGUACCUGGCUGGACUUGCCGGGCGGCACAAUGAAUCUCUCGCCAUCGUCAGUGACCACCACAAAGUUGCCCUCCUCACUGUCAAAAGACCACACAGAUCACACGCAUCAGCAUCGCCAUGCAUCAGGGACGUCCUGCGUUGCUGCCUGGUGCCCUUACUUGACGGAAAUGACCCUCCCCGGCACCCAUGCGUCGUGCGGGUGCUCCACCCACACUUGGGAGCCCGCAGAGAACGGAGAGGUACUUGGAUCCGUCAUGGUCUACUGCUCUGACGCCACGCAGCCACGAU